AGUGAGUGAGCUGGCAGGCUAUAUAACUGCAGACUGUCACUCGCUGUAAGGGAGGCAUAAUGGCGCAGAAAGGAGCUCAGCUGGACCAGGACGCAAUCUGCUGUUCGAUAUAUCUGGAUGUACUUAAGGAUCCUGCGACUAUUCCCUGUGGACACAGUUUCUGCUUGAAUUGUAUUCAAACCCACUGGGAUGAAGAGGAUGAGGAGGAAGUCUACAGCUGCCCUCAGUGUAGGCAGAGCUUCACACCGAGGCCUGUCCUGCUGAAAAGCAUCAUGUUAGCAGAUUUAGUGGAGAAACAGAAGAAGACUGGACUCCAAGCUGCUCCUGCUGAUCACUGCUAUGCUGGAGCUGAAGAUGUGGCCUGUGAUGUCUGCACUGGGAGGAAACUGAGAGCCUGUAAGUCCUGUCUGCAGUGUUUGAUCUCUUAUUGUGAGAAUCACCUCCAGCCUCAUUAUGAAUCGCCUGCCUUUGGAAAACACAAGCUAGUGGAGCCCUCCAAGAAGCUCCAGGAGAACAUCUGUUCUCAUCACGACGAGGUGAUGAAGCUGUUCUGCCGCACUGAUCAGCAGUGUAUCUGUUAUCUCUGCUCUGUGGACGAACACAAAGGCCACGACACAGUGUCAGCUGCAGCAGAGAGGACUGAGAGGCAGAGAGAGCUGGAGGGGAGUCGAGAAAACAUCCAGCAGAGAAUCCAGGACAGAGAGAAGGAGGUGAAGCUGCUUCAGCAGGAGGUGGAGGCCGUCAAUGGCUCUGCUGAUAAAGCAGUGGAGGACAGUGAGAAGAUCUUCACUGAGCUGAUCCGUCUCAUGGAGAAAAGAAGCUCUGAUGUGAAGCAGCAGGUCAGAUCCCAGCAGAAGAGAGAAGUGAGUCGAGUCAAAGAGCUUCAGGAGAAGCUGGAGCAGGAGAUGGCUGAGCUGAAGAGGAGAGACGCUGAGCUGAAGCUGCUCUCUCACACAGAGGAUCACAACCAGUUUCUGCACAGCUACCCCUCACUGCCAGCCCUCAGUGAAUCUACAGAAUCAUCCAGCAUCAACGUUCUUCCUCUGAGCUACUUUGAAGAUGUGAAAGCAGCUUUGUCAAAAUUCAGAGAUAAACUACGAAAUGUUCUGAGAGAUAAAUGGACAAACGUCUAUCUGACAGUGAGUGAUGUGGACAUAUUGCUGUCACAACCACAGCCCCAGACCAGAGCUGAAUUCUUGAAAUACUCACGUCAAAUCACACUGGAUCCAAACACAGCACACACACGUUUUUUGUUAUCUGAGAGGAACCGAAAAGUAACUUCAACGCCAGGAGAAAAUUAUCCUAGUCACACAGAAAGGUUCACCGCAUAUCAUCAGGUCCUGAGUGAAGAGAGUCUGCCUGGACGUUGUUACUGGGAGGUGGAGAAAGGUGUGGGAGGAGUUGCAGUGGCUGUAGCAUACAAAGACAAUGACACUGUAAAUGAACAAUUUGGAGAUAGUGAAAAGUCAUGGGCAUUAGGUUUUUACAAAAAGUGUUAUGGUUUCAAACAUAACACUAUCACAACAUCUGUCUCAGGUCCUCAGUCCUCCAAAGUUGGAGUUUACCUGGAUCAAAGUGCAGGUAUUCUGUCCUUCUACAGCGUCUCAGAGGAAACCAUGACCCUCCUGCACAGAAUCAAGACCACCUUCACUGAGCCUCUCUAUGCAGGACUUCGUCUUAGUCCUCCCAUUGGAAACACUGCUGAGAUGUUGUGAGCUUAAGAAGUUAUUGAGAGGAAAAGGGGUAAUCCUCAGAUACUAGACAACUUGGUAAAUGCAACAAGUGGUUGGCACUUAUGACGCAGUUAGUUAAAAGAUUUUGCAAAUCAUCAUUCCUGUAUUAUUUGUUCAGGAAAAUGCUACAAAUGUUUCCACAACUGAAGAAAAACCCAAAACAUUUAAAGCACUGGGCAUUGUUUACAUUUGUAGAUUUUAAAAUGACAAGGAAAAAUGCUGGAAAAGUACUCAGGCAUUCACUAUACUGUGAUAUAUACUAUUUUAUUUGCAAUAAGGUAAAAUUCAAGUACUAAUUUCUCAUAAUUUGUUCUGAAUUGAUGAAUUAAGAUGCUGUGCUCUUAUUGUUGUAUUCAUGUCUCUAUACAUAUUGUAUAAACUGAUUGUGAGUUUAAAUAUUACCUAUU